ACAACGCGAUCAAUGAACUUUCCAGAACUGCUUUGUCCCGAGUUAUCGUUUCUUAUAUAAAAGGGUGGUCAUACUGACGCUUGUAAUACCUUGUGGUUUGUAGCAUCUAUUUCUUUUUGUUUGUACCGGUGAUUAGAAAUAGACUGAAAAUAUGGAUUUCAUGCCGAUUUCCUAUCGUCCAAUGUCUGCACAACAGCAGUCUGGUUCUUUUCGGGACCUGCUUAGGCAUAUGAUGCAUGAAGAGUUGACCGGAGUACCCCAAACUCAACAGCACCCUGCUUUGCACCACAGACGUCGUGAGAUACCCGAAAAAUGGAGCAAAACUAUCCGCUUGGACCACUACCACCCCGACGAAGUGAAAGUGGUCGUAAAGGAUGGUACUGUUAGGAUCCAUGCAAAACACCUUGGUGGGGAUGAGCUUAAUAGCGAUGUCCGCGAAUCUACCCGUACCAUAAGAAUCCCCGAGGGAGUAGAUCAAAGUAAGGUCCAUUGUUAUAUGAGCAAUGAGAAUCAUUACACGGUAGAGGGACCCAUGCUUCCUAAUGAAGACGAUGAGGUUGAUAUUAAAUUGGAGGAUGUACCCGCCAUUACUGAUGGGAGUGAGGUGGACAUGCAGGUUGCAGAGCAGGGACCGUACCAAGAGAAUUUAGAUCUAUCCGUGUUUGAUCCCAAAAAUAUUAACAUUACUCGUAAAAAGAAUGUCGUCUGUAUUUCUGCGAAUGAGUCUCGUGAUGAGGACGGGAUUAAAGUGCACAGGUCAUUCUGCAAGGAGUUCACUCUUCCCGAGGGUGUCGACUACAAACAGGUCAAGGCUGCCCGUGGAAAAGACGGGAAGGUCGCAAUCAUGGCGCCCAAAUUGGAGAGUUAAUUCGUGGAAUUCUGAAAAGCUUACCACUGCAGUGAUGAGCUGAUUCAUGAAUAAAAAUUGUCAUAAUUUUGCGUAUUCUUAAUUGAAUUUACACACUGCUUACAUUCUUGCAAUUUUAAUUGCUUUGCAUAAAUAUUAUUGUUUGCUAUUUGCUUUAAAGAACUUUUAGCCUUAUAAUGAUGAAUUAAUUAUAUGUGGUGGAUAAGAAAUUUUGUAAAUAAAUUGUUUUACUUGCUAUUCAUUCCAUGUUAAGUUAUGCAGAUUAAAAAAGGAAAGAUCGAA